AUGAGUUCUCAAAAUAGCAUUGACAAUGCUUCCCCAAGCUCCAACGCACUCAGCGCAAGCACAACUUCAACCUCCACGGUUCGAUCGCGCCCUCGCCGCCUAGUUUCCUUCAUGGACGACGAAGACGACACAAAUGUUACAAACUCCUACCAGGAUGGCCCCCAACCCCUUUCCUCGGGGCUGUCAACGACGCUUGCCCCUUGCGACAGGGGAACGACUCGGUCCCGCGGAGCGACUCCCUCGCCAUUGUCAUCCCGUGGAGCGUCACCACUUCCAAUGAAGCACCCGUCACGCGCGACCGAACCGAUCAACCGAGGUACUCGAAGUGGGCCAACAUCAUUUCCUUGGGGUGGAUCAUCAAAGGCCUCGCCGUCGGGAGGUGCUGCGGACUUUCUGGACUCCUCAUGGUCCUCUCUUCAAAGCUUAGCAUCUUCAGUACUGGGAAGUGAUGCUGGACGAGUCGCUCCGAAUAAUGUGUCCAAAACACACGCGCGAAGGAAACCAUCUCGGUCUGACGUAUAUAUCAAGAGCACCCCCAGGUCCACGUGGGGUCCAUCAGCACCCACCGCUCCGCAGUUUGGGACUGGGACAAAGGAAGAGCGACAGGCUUUGGUGCAGGCCAAGAAGAGGGAAGCGCUGCUCCUCGCUGAUAGCGAUCCGAUUGCAAGCCGUACGCUCCCUCACAAAAGACGCGAUUCUGGCGACAUUUCAUACCAAGCGUUCCAGCCGGAGCAUGAUGAGGACGCUUUGGCCUAUAUACACAAAGUGCAACCCACAGACACUAUCACUGGCGUGACGAUUAAAUAUGGCUGCCAGGCCGCAGUGUUUCGCAAGGCGAACGGUUUUUGGCCCAACGACAACAUUCAGAGCAGAAACACUGUCCUCCUACCAGUCGAUGCAUGCUCCGUGAAAGGCCGGCCUGUUUCCAAAAAGCCUGUGGAUCUUUUGAGCAACAACGACGAAGAUCCCAGCGACAGCUCGAUCGCCCCCACCGCUCCCUCUACAGAUGAUUCUUCAACUAAACAGGAUACGUCUACAACUGCGUCUGGGGUCGAUGGAAAUCAUGCUUGGAAGCAUGAGUCAUGGGUGCACAUGGAUGGGUUUCCCGGACCAGUGCAAAUUGGCCGUGUUCCUCGAAGAGCAUUGGGAUUCUUUCCACGUACACGUCGAAAAUCUAUAUCUUAUUCGGAUGCAGAACCUCCCGAUUCUUACCGAGAAACAAUCACUCCUCCGUCUCCUACCGGAUCACCACCUCCACCUUCAUCCUUUGGAAUACUGCCACGGACUCGACCGAACGGCGGCCAGCCAAAACCCAAAAUGACACACCCGGCUCGUCCUCGGCAUCGCCGCCAGCGCAGUAGUAUCCAGCUGUCUGGCACUGGGGUGGGAACGCUUGACCCCACCUCAACUGGCCCGGGGCCUGCGCUAGAUGGGUUUACCCGAUUCUUCGCACAGCACAUGCCGAAUCUCGCACCAACACAACCUCCGCAUAAUACCCAGGAAGCUUCUUUUGAUUCAUUAUCCACUGUCACAUCCCAUGCCUCGACUGGCCUCGAGAACAUUGGCGGAGCUUUUGAGGGAUGGGUUCGAAAGGUAGCAACGCGCGCUAAGGCCGGCAUCAACGAGCUGCAGCAAGGACCACCCACCCAGCAGGGCAGUAGCAGGGGUCGCAAUAUGUGGCGAAUGGACGACUUAAUUGAACUGGACGAUGGGAUAGUGGAUGGCCGGAACUCCCCUAGCCCGCUCAAGAGUGCAUCGCGGAGGUCUGAGCUACAGGGUGUCUCAUCCUCAUCCUCUUCUAAUCAAUACAAUAGCCCUUCGGUGGUGGCAGCGAGCAGGUCUCGUGCGAUUGGAUUUGGUGCAGGCUCCAGCUCAUCCGCCUAUGGCGAUCGAGUCAAGGAUGAUUAA